CGUUUCGCCGUCAAUCCUGCCAGUUACUUUCUACAAACGACUGCAACAAGUUCUGGUCAAAUAAAGCUUCUGUCCUAUAUUAUAUUAUUAUUAUUGAACAGGGGAUACCUGAAGAUCAUUUCCGUAGGUCGAAAAAUAUAUCUGGAGAAAGCAACUCAUUGUAGUGUCGUUUGUUUUAUCGCGUUUCUGGGCAAUAGUACAGUGCACGACCCCGUGCAUCAUCACUGAUACACAACUGGAGCGCUACAUCAACGCAGGUAUGGAGAAGGAGCAGCAGGCAGAGUCUCUGAACGCCAUCCCCAUUAAGCCAGAGUAUCCACCCUCAGAGCUUUAUGGUUCCGAAGCUCCACCGGCCUACCAACGUCCAAAAAGUACUCCAGUCCAAGUAACUAAAAUAAUAGCAGUAACGAUCAUUCUGGUUUCUUUUAUCCUUGGUGGAUUCAUUUUGGCAUCAUCCUACGUCACAGCCAAUGCCACAUUCAGGCAAUUGGAACAGGAAAUGCAAUUGCUUAGUGAUACAGCCGACAAAUUUCAAGCACCAUUGCAACCCGAAGCACUGAUUCAGGAAGAACCUAUCCAACGACAAGCCUCUUCAGACGUUCUUCGCACGGAGGAGAAAGUCAAAGAGGUGCAGGAUAAUGGCAUAGCUCAAGAUAACGACGACAACAACGACAAUAACAAUAACAAUAGCAACAACAAUGGAAAAGAUGAUACAAAAGAUACCGAGUCUGUUGAAAGCAACGAAAAUUCUUCAGAAAACGAUUUAUCCGAUGAUUCAGGUCCAGCUAGUCAAUUUCCAUUCGAUAUCGAUCAAAUCAUCGAAGCUCUCGUAGAGAAGAAUCAGAGAUCAAAAAUGAACUGUAUUGUUGAAAAGAAACGUGCCGAAGAAGUUGUUGACCAUCAACCAAAGACCAUUAGGUUGCCGUUCGGAGUUAAUCUCACUACCGAUCCAAGAUAUGAACAUCUUACUGGGGAACGAAUGGUCAUCAUUUGUGAAAGUGGGAAAAUCCAAAGGCGCAUCCCAAUUCCACCGCAAGCUCGUCAUCAGUUCGAGCCAGAACAAGAAGACGACUCUGAUGACUCUGAGGAAACCAUAAUGAUCCAACCAAUGGUUAUUCCACUUGGCCCGGCCGGUUCAUUCCAAACCCACAUGCCCCAACAAAUGCGUCCCAUGAUUCGUCCACUUCCAGCUCAAAUUCAACCUGAACAGCCACAACAGGUACAACGUCAAGUUCCUCAAUUCCAAGUACAACGUCAGAUUGAAAUCCAAAUCCACCCUCAACCACAAGCUCAAAUGGUCCAAUCGAUGCCUGUUCCUCAACAAAUCCAAAUCAUCCCCCUUACCCCAGCUCAAACUCCUCAAAUGCAUCAAGCUCCUCAAACUCCAGCUCAAGUGAUGCAAGUCCCACAACCCAUGGAAACUCUCCGACCACCACGACCAGAGCAGCCCGAACCACAACAAUACACAGAAACAGUUCUUCCUCCUUAUCACGUGAUGCAGCAAAUUGCUCAACAAAUCCUCAAUCAAAGGCUUCAAUUGGAGGCGCAAAGAGCCCAAGAAGAGAACAUGAGGAGAUACGCCGCCCAACAAGCAGCAGAGAGAAUGGCUCAAGAGGAAGCCCGCAGAGAAUCUUUUGUUAGAGAGGAAGAAGCACGAAGAGCCGCUGCCGUCGAAGCCGCAAGAAGGGAAGAAGAAGCACGACGAGCUGCCGUCAUGGAAGCCCAAAGAGAAGAAGCCCGUAGAAUAGCAAUGAUGGAAGCAGCUCAGAGAGCCGCUCAAGUGGCCGCAGCACAAGAAGCUGCCCAAAGAGCUGCUCAGGAAGAAGCUCGUAGAAUUGCAUUUGAACAAGCCCGCGAAGAAUCGGCCAGAAGAGCAGCUGCCCAUGAAGCUGUGCAGAGAGCUGUCCAAGAAGCUGCCAGAAGAGCCAUCGCUCAAGCUGCAGCCCAACGCGCUGUCCAAGAGGCCAACAACAAUAUUCAACAAGACGAUGACGAUACCAAAGAGGAUGAAUCCCAGCCUUCUUCCGAACAACGAGUACCUGUAAACGCCAUCCCUAUGAUGAUGCCGCCGCGAAUUCCUUUUCCAGAAGAACUUCUCCGCCAGAUCAAUAAACUCCAACCCAACCAUGAAAUGAUUGUCCAGAUUGCAGAAGAGCCAUCUGAAUCGGAAGAAACCAGGGAAAUCCACGUGAUGCCGCAGGAAAAUCAACAAGUACCAGACAAGCUCAUUCAUAUCCCGGUUCCCAUGAUGCCCCAAGAAGUCCACAUUCAGCAACUUGAACAGAGCCAGCCACAACAACAGGAUCCACGUGAACAACCAAAUACACAAGAACAGCAACAACAACAACAACCACAAGAACAACAACAACCACACGCUCAACAACCCCAACUCCCACAGCAACAGCAGCAACCACCCCAGCAGCAGCAGCCAAUUCCCCAAGAACAGCAACAAGCUAUUGAAAUGCAAGAACAGCAAGCCAUGCCAAGCUCCGAGGAAUCUGAAGUCAGGCCACACUAUGUACAGCCACGCUCCGUUUCAGCAUAGAGGGCUGACUUUUCUAUUCAAGUAACCUUCUCUAAAAAGUUUCGCUAGAGCUUACUUAAUAGCAAAAAAAUAUAUAUCUAUAUAUAAUGUUAAAAAAAAAUCUGUUAUACAACGUUUCGGUUUAAUUCUUUGUUAGGAAUGCUUUCAGUAUUCUAUCUAUAAAAAGCUUGACUAAUUGAUUCCAUGUAAUAAUAACAUUCUCUAACAUACGUAUGUAAUAUUAUAUACUAUCUACCUAUUCUGUAACGUGGAUCUUUCAACCUGUAAUUAAAGGGAUUUAGACAUGAGUUUUCUUACGUAUAUUAUUAUGUAAAUAUAGCUGGCACAGUUAAGUUGCUCCGUGUAUAGGUACUUCCCCACCCUGUCCGUUUCCUUUUUUUUUUUGUUUUAGAAUUAAGUUGCUAAAUGUGUAAAAGUUAUUGUUUCUUGCUUGUAAAAGUAUUUUCGAGUGUAAAUAGCUCCCUACGAUUAGAUGUAUCUGGGUAUUGUGAUAGACGUACGAGAAAAGUAUUUUGUAAAAUUUAUAUAAAUAAAAACUACCAAAUUAUUA